AUGGACUUCGAGGAGGUCCUAAAGCGGGUCUCACAUGCCGUCAACCACCUCAUCUGCGAUGGUCACUACAACCACUGUCCACCUUUGGACAUGGAUUAUGAUGUGAAUGCUGAGUGCCUCGCCAUCAAACCCACUGACGAGAUCGUGAGAAUGGUGGAUUCCCUUACUACGGUGGCGAUUGCUUCGGAGCUGCAGAAGGAGUUUCCAAUGAUAGAAGGUCAUUCGUCCUUUUUCUUUGAAUUCCCAAGCAUUCAACAGAUCUCAGAGGCUCUCCAUCGUGGUGACAGGGAUUUAGAGUUGGAAAGCCUGAAGCCCGAGCAUGUGAAGAUCUAUCCAUUGCCUCCGGGCAAAAAGGAUAUUCCCGCGGGGGCUUGCACACCUGAGUUGGUCUUCUUCACGCAACUGCUGGACACUCACAGCCAAGCUUGUCUACAUCCUUUGCACUGCCCCAAGGGAGAUUUUCACUUCUCCACAAAAGAUGGCCGCUUUCAGCGGCGAAGUGAUGGCAUGGAAUGCCUGCUGAUCCCGGGAGCAGAGGUGCGUAUUGGUGGCGGCACCUUGGAAAAAGCUGAACGGGGCGAACAGCCCACCCACCUGGUGAAGCUGACCAGUUUCCUCAUGGAUGUCGAGCCGGUGAGCGUGGGAGCCUAUGUCCGGUUUCUGAAUCUAUUGAUACCUCCACCCACCCAAGCAGAGUUACUGGACUGGUGCGUAUUGGCUCCGGGUGACAUGCGGCAGUGCCAUUCGCCGAUAGUGCGACGUGAUGAGAGGUGGCAUGUGAAAGAAGACGUGCUUCCCAACUGGCCGAUGAUCCUGGUCUCUUGGUAUGGUGCCAACGCAUAUUCCUUAUGGGCACAUGGUGAGGAUUGGCAUGACUACAAGAGGGCUAGGCAGAGCUUCCUCCCAAGUGAGGCACAAUGGGAAUAUGCAGCCCGAGGAACAGAGCCUCAGUCCUAUCCUUGGGGUGAAGCACUGCACGCGGCAUUGCUGAAUGUUUGCUGGGACCAGCGAGUACUUCUGGAACUCGCCGACGCAAAGCUUCAAGAGUUGCCGAUGGACCCCGUGAAUCUCACCAGGGGCGUCUCUAGCUUCGGGCUUCGGGGGAUGGCAGGGAAUGUCUGGCAGUGGUGCCGGGAUACCUAUGAUCCGACCUUUUACUCCUCCGCUUUGUCCGUCUGUGACAACGCCUGGAAUUCCCAGGAGGGCAGGGCCAAAUCCGAGCGCGGAGGCAGUUGGGCGGGCCCGCCGCACUUGGCUCGCAGCAGCUGCCGAAGGGGACGGAUCCCAGAGGCCAAAGGCCGAUGUCUUGGCUUUCGAUGCUGUGCCCCCGCCACAUUUGUAGCGUCGUAA